GUACCCUGCAUUUGGCUUCAUCAAUGUUUGUCGCCAAUGCAAAACAAGGCAGGCACCAAGAGAGUGAUAGGAUCAUCAGGUUGCCUGGUCAAGCGGCAAACAUUACUUUCUCUCAAUACUCAGGCUAUGUAACAGUUGAUAAGAUUGCUGGCAGGGCUUUAUUCUACUGGUUGAUUGAAUCUCCAGCUAGUGAGAAGCCUGAGACAAAGCCACUUGUUUUGUGGCUCAAUGGUGGACCUGGCUGCUCAUCCAUUGCUUAUGGCGCAUCGGAGGAGGUUGGCCCUUUUAGGGUCAGUCCUGAUGGCAAGACACUCGGUCUGAGUCCAUAUGCUUGGAACAAAGUGGCCAACUUACUAUUCCUGGAUUCUCCUGCUGGUGUUGGAUUCUCUUAUUCGAAUACUUCAUUUGAUAUGGUGACUGGAGAUAAAAGAACAGCUAAAGAUGCUUAUAACUUUCUGAAAAGAUGGUUUGAAAGGUUCCCUCAAUAUAAAAACAGGCCAUUUUACAUUGCUGGAGAAAGUUAUGCAGGUCACUACAUUCCUGAGCUAUCUCAGGUCAUAGUCCGACACAACAAGGGUCUCAAGAAUCCCAUCAUAAACUUUAGAGGAUUUCUGCUAGGGAAUCCGCUGAUUGAUGAUUACUAUGACAACAUAGGAACAUUUGAGUUCUGGUGGAAUCAUGGAUUGAUCUCGGAUUCAACUUAUGAGGCACUAAACAAAUCCUGCCCAUAUGACUCGUUUUUGUUCCCAAGGAUCCAGUGUUUCCAAGCCCUUGAAAGUGCUUAUUCGGAGUUUGGAGACAUCAAUCCCUAUGCCAUUUAUGAUAAUCCUUGCAACGACCUCGGAACCCCCAUCAAUAACUUAAAUAUGCCCCUGCCCUGGAAAUUCAGAGGGAAUGAUCAGUGCAUCGUGAAGUAUACGAAAGUGUACAUGAAUAAUCCGGAUGUACAAAAGGCUCUGCAUGCCAACAUUACUCAACUUCCUCAUCCUUGGAUGACUUGCAGGUUUGGACUACAAUUAACCUAAAGAGAACUGAGAGGUCUAGAAAUGGAUAAAAUAUAAUUGAGAAAAUAAAAAAUGAAACAAAAAAUAAAUGUUGAAAAGCUUAAGCUGUCGCAUAAAUAACCUGUUUUACCUCAAAACACAUCAAACUUCGCAAAAAUAAAUAAAUAAAUAAAGAACUGGUAGAGACCAAUGUGACGUCUCAGCCUCUUGCAUUGCAGUGAAGU